AUGUCGUUCAACCCAUACCACGUGCUCGGGCUGCACAUUGGCUGCACGGAGAAGGAGAUACAGAAGGCCUACAAGGUGCUGUGCCUCAAAUGGCAUCCUGACAAGAACCCGGAUAGGGUUGAGGAAGCCAAUCGUCGUUUCAUCGAGGCGAAGAAGGCGGUUGACAUUUUGCUGGACAAGGAAAAGCGCGACGAGUACGAGCAUCAGGCGAAAAGAAAGGCCAACCAAGAAGCCAAGCAGAAGGAGAGGCGAGAAAAGGCGGAUGGGGAUAGAAAACGAUUUAUGGACGAUUUGGAGCGGCGAGAGAAGGAGUUUGCCGAACGAGGAAAACAUUAUACGCCUUCGCAUAGCGCGAAAGAAAGCGAUGAACGGUACAAGGCGAAACUCAGAAAGGAACAUGAAAUGCAAGCGCGCGCCGAGGCCGAGAGUUUACGCAAAAAAUGGGAAGCCGAGGUGGAGGCCGAGAUUCGAGCGCAGGAUGAAAGAAUAAAGAGCCACGCCCCGCAGCCGCAUCAUGAGCAAAAUGACCCGGCGCCAAAACUGAAGGCAGCCUGGAAGGUCAAGGAAAAUAUGGACUACGACGAGACGGCCCUUCGGAUAUUGUUUGCAGAGUACGGCCACAUCGACGAGAUUCUCGUGCUGCCGGAGAAAAAGGGGAAACGAAGCGCGCUGAUCGUUUUCCAGGAGGGCGUCAAUGCGUGGGGUGCUGAGACAGAAACAGGUGCCGGUGACUGUGAAAUAUCCUGCAAAUGGAUACAAAAACCGGCGGCAACAGAGAAGAAAGACACGUCUUCACAGGAAGAGACAGAAGAAGCAGCGGAAGCGAGAAAACAUAAUGAAUUCGCAGAGAUGAGCCUCGACGAUAUGGAGUCGAUGAUGAUGUCCAGCUUUAUGUCGACGCCCGACGUGAAAAAGCCGCGAUGGGAUGACGAA